AAACAAAAAUAAAAAAAAAAGAAAAAAAAAAGAGAAAAAAAGCAGCAUUAUCAACAGUUAUUUUCCAUCGGCUCCAUGCAUCUGCAUGAAGAAGAUUGAAGAACAAUAAAUCAAGUAUUUUUUUAAUGUUUUGUUCUUAGAACGAUCUGUUAUCAAUUUCUUGUUUGUUCCCCAAUGAGGCUAGUAAACAAAAAUACGUGAAAAUGUUGAUAUAUGGUCCUUUCAUUUCUAUAAGUGCAUGUUGGAUACGUGGUAAAAAGGAAAAGGUGGUUCUUCAUUUUCUUUCAUUAAUAUUUUUAUUUUUUGAGUGUAAAAUUAAUUGGUCUUGGGCAAAUCAAACCCUAUUUAUGGCGUCGUUGUUCUAGUUCGAAUUUCGACAAUGCCUUAAUUGAUGCAACUCGUAAAUGUACUCUCAGCUUUGUCCAUGUCCACUUAUUCUUGCGUCAAUAUGUUCAAUUUUUAAGGUCUUUUUCUUUUGGCUCUAAAACGUCAAAUGUUAUGCACCACGACUACUUCUAUUUUCUAUAAUUCUUUGUACUCCUUUAAUCAGCCCGAAAAAAAAAAAAAUAACAAAGAAUUUUGGUGAUCAUGAAUAAUUGAGUAGUAAUAGUAGCUAGUGCUGAAUUGGAAUUUGUUGGAUGAUUUAUUGCCAGCCAUCUACUAACAUCAUCUAUAAUGUAGGCUAUUAAUUAUAUAUAUUGCUGCAACUCCUCAUCACACAUAAAAUGUUCUCACAGUUCAAGACAAUUGUCUUUGUCAAAUUAAUUAUUAAUCGGGUACUACUAAGUUACAAAUCAAUUCUUAUGAUUUUUCUAGCUUUUCAUUGUGAUUUUGUAGUCAAGAUUUUGCAUCUGUUAUAGUUAAACAUAGUUCCAUGAAUCACAAUGAAAUUGAUGUUAAGAUUUAGACACAAAUAAUUAGUUAGCAAUUAAUUUGUCUACAGUUAUUAUUUGAUGAAAUUAAGGAAAUAAAAAAAAUUCGUGUCGAUGAUUAUUAAUUUUGUCGCCGCAGCUCCGAACUACAGAUUUAUGCAUGAAGCAACUUCAGCUCCGGACGUUUCAUUCUACGACUACAUCAUCGUCGGCGGCGGCACCGCCGGCUGUCCGUUGGCCGCCACCCUUUCUCAGAACUACAGCGUGCUGCUCCUCGAACGCGGCGGCUCGCCUUACGGCAACCCGAACAUAACCUAUUUGUCGGCAUUCGGGGCAGCCCUCUCCGACCUAUCUCCAGCGUCCCCUUCCCAACGCUUCAUCUCGGAGGACGGCGUAAUCAACGCCAGAGCCCGGGUUCUGGGCGGAGGGAGUUGUUUAAAUGCCGGGUUUUACACCCGGGCUCCGACCACAUUCGGGGACGGCCUCGGCUGGGAUGCGGAUUUGGUGAAGGAAUCUUAUGAGUGGGUGGAGAAGAAAGUGGCGUUUGAGCCGCCGGUGAAGCAGUGGCAAUCGGCGGUCAGGGAUGGUUUGGUGGAAUCCGGCGUUACUCCUUAUAAUGGUUUUACCUAUGAUCAUAUUUACGGCACCAAGAUCGGUGGUUCAAUCUUUGAUCUAGAUGGGAAUCGGCAUACUGCUGCUGAUUUGCUUGAAUAUGCAAAUCCAAGUGGACUUACUGUUCUUUUGUACGCUUCUGUCCACAAAAUUCUGUUCAGAAACCAAGUGGGAGAAAGGCCAAGAGCUCGUGGGGUGAUAUUUAGGGAUGCUUCAGGGACUAAGCACAAGGCAUACAUCAAAAAAGGAGGUAAAAGUGAGGUGAUCAUAUCAUCUGGAGCACUUGGAAGUCCACAGCUGUUGAUGCUGAGUGGAAUUGGACCAGAAAAAGAGCUGAAAUCGCAUAAUAUCACUGUGGUUUUAGAUCAACCAUGGGUUGGGUCUGGGAUGGCUGAUAACCCAAUGAAUGCAGUUUUUGUGCCAUCUCCAGCUGAUGUUGAGGUUUCCCUUAUUCAAGUAGUAGGGAUCACUCAGAUUGGGAGUUACAUUGAAGCUGCCAGUGGUGAAAACUUUGCUGGAGCUUCCACUACUAGAGACUUUGGAAUGUUUUCUCCAAAGAUUGGGCAGCUGAGCACAUUGCCACCUAAAGAAAGAACCGCAGAAGCCUUGGCCAGAGCCAUUGAUGCAAUGAGUGAACUGGAUGAUUCGGUAUUCAAUGGUGGAUUCAUCCUGGAAAAAGUCAUGGGUCCUGUCUCAAAAGGUAACUUGACCCUGCGCAACAAGAACCCGAAUGAUAAUCCCAUUGUUCACUUUAACUAUUUCCAGGAGCCAGAGGAUCUGGAAAGAUGUGUGAGUGGGAUGAAGAUCAUUGAAGACAUUAUUGAAUCAAAAUCCUUCAUCAACUUCAGAUACAAUGACAUGCCAGUACCGGUUCUCCUGAACAUGACAGCCAGUGCUCCCGUGAACUUGUUGCCGAAACACAUGAACGUGUCGACUUCGUUAGAACAGUUCUGUAAGGACACUGUGAUGACCAUUUGGCAUUACCAUGGCGGAUGUCAUGUUGGUAAGGUCGUCGAUAAUGAUUAUAAAGUGAUCGGCGUCGAUAAUUUGCGGGUGAUUGAUGGCUCCACCUUUACUUACUCUCCUGGAACUAAUCCUCAAGCUACUGUUAUGAUGCUUGGAAGGUAUAUGGGAGUAAAGAUGUUACAAGAGAGACUCGCAAGUGAAGCAGCAAAGUAACCAAAAAUUUUCCACUUUUUUCUCCAUUUGACACUUUGAUGUGUUAGCAAGAGAAAGAUCGUGAGGAGCGAAAACUUAGUAGUAACUUUGGAAGUUAUAAAAUUGUUAUACUGUACUAUGUAUGAACUCCAUAAUAUUUGUCAUUUUCAGUUACUGAAGCUUCUGUUAGCUUUAUGAAUUUAUAGUCAGCAAAGCCUAAAUGACAAUUAAGUUCUGAGACAUGAUUUUUCUUCAUCAUGAUCCCUUCGAUUCUGUAUUCAACUCUAAGAGUCUGUCCUUUUGAUAUUGGGUAAGAAAUUUCUUUGGUCAAUCCAGGAUAAACUUAAAUCUCAAUAAGCAGAGGAAUAUAGCACCGGAUAUACCCCCCUCAAGGGGUCUCAUACUGAAUUAUGCAGGCAAGAAUCCAACACACCCUUUUCAGAAAAAACAUGAAAGUGCAAAGCGAACGAUCUGUGAAUGCGAGCCAAUUUAAAGCUGUCAGAUCCUGAAUAGAGCAAUCUCUUGGCUGACAAAUCAAUCAUGUACGAGCAGGAGACAGCAAAGCAAAGCAACCGCGGAGAACCAACAUGUACGAUCAGGACUCAAUAAAAAGACCUCCCAAAUCAUCGUUGCCUCCAAUCCGAGUGUGUUUUCUUGACGUCGACAACCUUUGCAACACGAGUUUGGGCGGUUUUGCCGUGGCGAGACAAAAAUUAAUUUGAUUAUUCAAUGACUUGGUGUGAUGAUAAUUGAUAGUGAGAUGUUUUAUUUCGUUGUUCGGUCAGAUUUAAAUUAUGGGUUGG